AUAUCAACCAAGGACGGUCUCCCACGAUUUCUCUUCCGACUAUUUUUGAAACCCCCUCUCGCGACUGCCAAGAAUUACUUCAAUGGAGGUUGUGCUGCUUGCCAUCGCCCUUCUCCUCCUUGGAUCUUCUCUCAGGGACGAUUGAAGUCUGUCUCCGGCUGGGUACUUAUGAGUUGUUGAUCCAGUCAUAUUUUUUCUUUGAAGAGGGUUUCUAUUGUCUUGAAGAUUGAAGGUGUGCGAUUUUUGAUUUAGGGAAACCCUAGAUCUGCCGAAAAAAUUUGCAAUCGUUUGAUCAAGUGUUUAUUUGUCAAUCAGUGAAUGUGAAGAUUUUUCUUUGUGCAGUGAAGAAAUUUGGCUUGGAUUUGAUGGAAAAGUAUGAGAAAAUUGGGAAGCUUGGAGAAGGAAAUUGUUGUAAGAUUUACAAAUGGCGGAAGCGUGAGACAAACGAGUUUUUUGCUGCAAAAAAGAUUCACUUGGGGAAUGGAGUAGGAGUUCCUGGCUGGGCGUUAAGGGAAAUAGCCAUCUUGAAAGCGUUGCAGCAUGUUAACAUAAUCAGGUUGCAGGAUGUAGUGAGCUGUGAGGGAAAAAUGUACGUUGUUACUGAGUAUCUGGAUAUGGAUUUGAAGAACUACAUGGCUGUGCAUCAAGGUCUUGGUUUGAAUCCGUCUUUAAUAAAAAGGUUUCUCCAUCAGAUUCUCUGCGGAAUUGGAUAUUGCCAUUCUCAUAGAGUUCUCCAUAGAGACUUACAACCCGAAAAUUUGCUAAUACAAGAAGGCACCAAUACGUUGAAGCUUGCAGGGUUUGGAUCAACCAGGGCUUUUGAAAUUCCAUUGAAGAUACUUACUGAAGAGGUAGUGGCGAUCUGGUAUAGAGCACCAGAAAUCCUCCUCGGGUCUCGCUAUUACUCAACUCCGGUUGAUGUGUGGUCUGUGGGUUGUAUAUUUGCUGAGAUGGUGAAUGGGAAAGUUUUGUUCGGUGAGGAGACUGAAAUUUCAGUACUUAGAGAGAUUUUCAGUUACUUAGGUACUCCGAAUAAUGAAACCUGGCAUGGAGUGGAAUUGUCAUCCAAAUUCGUCCCUGCCACCCCCAAAUGUCCCCCUAAAGACCUGACAACUGAGUUUCCAACUCUUGAAGCCACUGGAGUUGAUCUCCUUUCUAGAAUGCUGUGCUUGGACCCAAGUAAAAGAAUUACAGUGCGUAGUGCCCUCAAGCAUGAAUACUUUGAUGAUCUUGAACUUUGACCUUCGUAUAUCUUCAUCUCUGAAAAUUGUUUUGGCAAGUAUGUGGAUAAUAGUUACUUGUGGGGUUUAAUUGUGGGAUUAUGAUAUUGUCUUUUUCAGCUAUUAUAUUUAUUUUGCCCCUGUAUCUGGUUUAAAUCGCAUUGAACCGAGUCUCGGAGUUGUGUUUUUUCUCAUUGCAUGUGCAUGUAAAGAAAAAGCUGCAUAUAGUUGGCAUGCA